AUGACGGAAGAGUACACGACGACGCUGUUCCUUGCGCGCGAGUGCUUCGUGUACCGCGUACCGCCACGCACGUCUUCGGCGGGCUACAAGGCGGCCGAGUGGGGCGACAUGGAGGCCUUUCUCUGGAAGGGACGGCUGCGCAUCCUCGAAGUGGGCCAGCGCGCCUGCGAGAUCCGCCUCGAAGACGGCAAUACUGGGGACCUGUUUGCGCUGUGCCCCUACGACAUCAGCGGGACGAGCGUAGAACCCGUGCUCGACUCGUCGCGCUACUUUGUGCUCCGUGUCGAAUCCGACGCACCGGGCGGCGCGGGCGGCAAGCGGAAAGCCUACAUCGGCAUGGGCUUCCAAGACCGUUCCGACAGCUUCGACUUCAACGUAGCGCUGCAGGACUGGACAAAACGGCAAAAGUCGCUCCUCGACCCUCGCUCGUCUUCCUCCGCCGACUCCUCGUCUUCCCCCUCCUCGGCAGCAGAACCAUCGCCGCACCUCCCUUCGGGACCUAAGCGCGACUUUUCGCUCAAACAGGGCCAGACGAUCUCGGUCAAGAUCCCCGGUGGCGGCUCGGGACGCAAAAUCGCCGGCGGCGGCGGCGGCGGCGGCACCGGCUCCGGUACCGGGCCAAGCCUACUGGGAGGCGGCGGCGGGCCGCUUUUGCCCCCUCCGCCGAGUAAGCGUGGGUAG